AGAGCAUGUCUGUUGUAGACUCUAACAAGGAUGUCAGUCUCCUAGUCACUUUCAAUAUGGGAAAAGUGACACUGUCAGCAACAAGUUGCUUCAACCUUGGCACAAAAGGUGUAAUUACCAGAUGAAGGCACUGGUGCAAAUGUUCACUGGACAAAAGACAAGGUGCUUCGGUAUGAGAUAGUUCUUUAAAAUGUUCAUUGCACUUUCGCACCUCUAUGUAGAUCCAAACAUGGUGAGAACAGCGCUGGUCAUCUAAUAAGAAAGUAGAUCAAACAGACAGAAAAGACUCCACUAAACUUUGUUUAAAAGUCAAAUUUAUUUGACUGCCAUUACUUUUACUACGGUUAGGUCUACAUGGAUGCACAAUGUAAUAAUAUUUAGCUAUGUUUCAUAUUGUGACUAAGUGAUUAAAAAAACCCAGCAGAGUCUUGCGGGCUGGAUUGAGACGUUUGAGAACCCCUGCUAUAGAUAUUCCUUUUCCCAGUCCGUAAAGUAGAAUUAUGAUUCCAACUAAUUUACCUGAAAAAUUUGUUGAAUAUAUUGGUGGUCAAUGCAUAAAAUGGCUAAACAGGUACCGAUGCGCUUGUGCAGGAAUUGCAAUUGCUUGUUUAUGUUCCACACAAAUUUAAAAAAUGGGGAGCUUCCCAUCUCUGCGUCACAUAUUCUUUCUUUUUUUUGAAUGCCGAUCCAUUCAUUUCUUUCACGGUAAACAUGAUUUUGUUAACAGUAGACCAAAACAAUUUUUUAGGAAACGCAAGAAUAAUUUGCCAAUGGUUACAUGUAUGUUGCCAUGUUGGCUUUGGUCAUGGAAAGCAAUUGAAAAUUGUUUUGUUUGUAUUUAGCUGAUUGCUAGCCAGGCAUUGAUAUCAAUGCUUGAUUUGAUUGUCCCGCUGAUUAAUCGGCCCAUUCAAAAUUUGAAAUAUUAAUACAUCAUUAACUUCAAUUUGUAAUUUGAUUUUCAGGGACGUCAUGCAGCAAGACGGCUGAGAUCAACACAGACUGCUUCACAGACCCUCGUCAAUGUACCAGAAACGAGAGUGACAACACUCAACAAUGGGUUCCGUGUAGCCAGUGAAGACUCUGGAAUCCCUACAGCCACAGUGGGUUUAUGGAUUGACGCUGGAAGCAGAUAUGAGAAUGAGAAGAACAAUGGAGUUGCACACUAUCUUGAGCACAUGGCAUUCAAGGGUACAUCAAACAGGACACAAAUGGAAUUGGAGUUGGAGAUAGAAAACAUGGGUGCUCAUCUAAAUGCAUACACAUCAAGGGAACAGACAGUAUAUUAUGCCAAAUGCUUCGAGUCGGAUGUCCCCAAAGCUGUUGAAAUCCUUGCUGAUAUCAUUCAGAACAGCACACUCGGAGAGGCUGAAAUAGAGCGAGAGAGGGGUGUCAUCCUCAGAGAAAUGCAGGAAGUAGAAACCAAUCUCCAAGAAGUGAUCUUUGAUCAUCUGCAUGCAACAGCUUACCAAGGAACUCCUCUUGGUAGAACUAUCCUAGGACCCACUGAAAACAUCAGGUCUAUCAAUCGGGAUGAUCUUCAGAAUUAUAUAUCUACUCACUACAAGGGACCUCGCAUUGUGCUAUCUGGAGCUGGUGGUGUCAACCAUGAUGAAUUGGUCCAACUUGCCCAAAAGCACUUUGGCAACCUGGGAACUGAAUAUGAGAAUGAGAUUCCAGCUCUAACCCCAUGCAGAUUCACUGGCAGUGGUAUCACAGUGCGUGAUGACAAGAUGCCACUGGCUCACAUUGCUUUGUGUGUUGAAGGAGUUGGCUGGGCCCAUCCUGAUAACAUCCCUCUCAUGGUUGCCAACACUUUGAUUGGAAGCUGGGAUCGUUCAUUUGGAGGAGGAGCAAACACAUCAAGUCGACUGGCUAGAGUUGCAUUCGAAGAUAACUUAUGCCAUUCCUUCCAGGCCUUCAAUACCUGCUACACAGAUACAGGGCUAUGGGGAGUGUACAUGGUGAGUGAUCCUCUUAGCGUUGAAGACAUGGUAUACCACGUCCAGAACCAGUGGAUGUACCUGUGCACCAGUGUGACCGAGAGUGAGGUAGCACGUGCCAAGAAUCUCCUCAGGACCAACAUGCUACUUCAAUUGGAUGGGUCGACCCCAAUCUGUGAAGACAUUGGCCGUCAGAUGUUGUGCUACGGACGUCGUAUUCCUCUGCCUGAGCUUGAAGCAAGGAUUGAUAGCAUCAGUGCCAAGACUAUCCGUGAUGUAUGUACACGAUACAUCUAUGACAAAUGUCCUGCUGUUGCCGGAGUUGGCCCAGUUGAGCAGCUCCCAGACUACAACAGAAUACGUGCUAGCAUGUACUGGAUCAGACUUUAACUGAGUUCUUGAAGGAGAUUUAUUUAAAUAAUGAAUGUUAGGAGAGAAUUUAUUUGUGCAAGAGUUUUAUAGGGCAGCGUUUGCUGUCUGUGUUUGAUGUAAAAGGACAAUUAAUGAGGCAUCCUAUCAUUCUUAUUCUCAACUGGAGAAAAUUAACGAGAUUCACCGAAAGAACAGAAUUGAAAGAUGAUAUUAUGCAUUUUCUUUGAAAUGGAUGUAUGGUCAAUUCUGACAUCAGGUGUUUUUCAGAUAUGAAUAAUGUUUUAAUAGAAUGUAUUUAUGAAGUUUAUUCCUCUUUGUGUGUUUUACAAAACAUGAUAUCUGAAUUGAAGUUGGCCUCCAGUUUCAAAGGUAAAAAUAAAUUCAAAAAUGAACAUUUGACCUAAGUAAUAAAUCUUACCACAUUAUGCCUUUGGUGGUUCAAAAUUACCCAUGAAGGAAUGCAUAUAGCACCCUUGUGAAUUUCUUUGUAUAAAAAAAUCUAAUAUCAUACAGGGGUGUGAGAGUUCAGAUUUUUAGCUGAUUUCAGAUAUUUUGUUUUUCCAGCUUAAUUUCAGCUUAUUUUUGGCUUUUCUCUGUGAAAAAAAGUAUGAGAGCUCUUUCUAUUUCAGACGUUUCACCACUCUUCAGCUUUUUUCAGAUCUUUUUAUUUGUGACCACUCACACUCCUGAUCAUAUCACCCCCUAAAGCUUUAUAACAACUUCUGUGAAAUUAAUCCAAACCACUUGUCAGAGGGAAUGACACACUGCGUAGUGAUGAUGUCAGUACCACUAUGUCAUGGAGAUGAAAUAAACUGGCAACAUUCUGUGUUGUAUAAAACUGUA